AUUUUAUGAUUUUGUGCCUAUUUCCUGAACGAUGCAACAAUAAUUUCAGGAUUCAUAACCGCCGCUUGGACGACAAACGGAUCACACUAGACACCCUAUUGCAUCGUGCAUUGCAGCACGAGAUUAAAUCUGACAACCAGGGAUCCACGCUGUUGGAACUUGGAAGCGGUGUCCUUGCGAUCUCAGGGGGCAACAAAAAGACCAGAUAGACGGAUCUAGCUUCUCCAGCUCUUCCUGCUUGAGCCGACUGCAAGACUCGCAAAUUGAAUCCCGUUUUGAUACGUUCUGGACCCUCCUCUAAAAGUCCUAGUGGGUAAGGUAAUCUCCGGCAUCCAUCCCGAUAACAAGGAACAAUGGAAGCCGAUAUCAGAGCCGCAAUUCCGGAUAUUGACCCGGUCGUCUCCGAGUAUUCGGUAGGGUAUCUUAGACAUGCAUCUACUGCCUGGGUAGGCGAUGAGGAAUCUGCCGCUCUGUCGCCCCUCGCCGAGGCUGCCGCUGCUAUCACAGAGCUCCUGCUCUCCGCUUCCGGAGACCCGGCCGGCACAAACCAGGACAAGAUCCGUUCGCUGGUCUCCAAGUGGGUUGACAAGUAUGAAGAAGCCAACAGUAGCAAUGGCGAGAGGCGGGGCCCGUCCGCCGUGAGGCGGCUUGACCAGGCCAUCCAGGUCGGCUCCCAGCGAAACAUGUCCUCGACUCUAGCAGUUGCCACCGGCAGCGUGGACUUAGAAUCCGCAAACGCCCGCAAGGUAGAGUCCAAGGUCGACCGGAAGAAGCUCGAGAAGGCAGAGCGCAAAAUCGCCGCCAAACAGAACAAGAAGCAAUUCAAGACGGUUGAGUAUGAAGCUUCCAGACUGCUUAACCAGACCGAGAAUGCCCAGAGCUAUGAGGAGUUCUAUAUGGCUGUCAACCCUCUGCAGCUCGGAUCUGGCGGAGGUGCUGGCAAGACCAAGGAUAUCAAGAUUGAGAACGUAGAUGUUAGUAUCGGCGGAACACGUAUUCUGAUGGAUACGGAUCUGACCCUCGCUUAUGGACACCGCUAUGGUCUGGUUGGUCACAACGGUGUUGGUAAAUCUACGUUGCUCAGGGCGUUGUCCAGGCGAGAGUUGCCCGUUCCUACACACAUAUCCAUUCUUCACGUUGAACAAGAGAUUACUGGUGAUGACACUUCUGCCUUACAAGCUGUCUUAGAUGCCGAUGUUUGGCGGAAAGUGUUACUCAAGGAGCAAACAGAAAUCAGUGCACGACUUGCCGAGAUAGAGUCUCAGCGGUCGUCCAUGGCGGAUACUUCUGCCGAUGCUGCGAAGUUAGACCACGACCGAGAGGCGCUUGACCAGAAGCUUGGAGAAGUCCAAGCGAAACUGGCCGAAAUGGAGUCAGAUAAGGCGGAGUCCAGGGCAGCUAGUAUUCUGGCAGGUUUGGGUUUCUCCCCGGAACGCCAACAAUUCGCCACCAAGACGUUCUCCGGUGGUUGGCGUAUGCGUCUGGCACUCGCCCGAGCCCUCUUCUGCGAGCCUGACUUGCUGCUUCUCGACGAACCUUCCAACAUGUUGGACGUCCCCUCUAUUACCUUCCUUUCCAACUACCUCCUCACAUACCCGAGCACCGUCCUAGUGGUCAGUCACGACAGGGCCUUCCUCAACGAAGUCGCGACGGACAUCAUACACCAACACUCGGAGCGGCUCGACUACUACCGCGGCGCUAAUUUCGAGUCUUUCUACGCGACCCGCGAGGAGCGCAAGAAGACGGCGAAGCGCGAGUAUGAGAACAACGUGGCCCAGCGUGCCCACUUGCAGGCCUUCAUCGACAAGUUCCGCUACAAUGCCGGCAAGGCUGCCGAGGCCCAGUCCCGCAUCAAGAAGCUAGAACGCAUGCCCAUCCUCGAGCCUCCCGAGACCGAGUACAGCGUCAAGUUCCGCUUCCCCGAAGUCGAGAAACUGUCCCCGCCCAUCGUCCAGAUGUCCGGCGUCACCUUCGGCUACAGCCCCGACAAGAUCCUUCUCAAAGACGUCGACCUAGACGUCCAGCUCGACUCGCGAAUCGGCAUCGUCGGACCCAACGGUGCAGGUAAGACGACGAUCUUGAAGCUGCUGAUCGGCAAGUUGUCUGCGACGAAAGGCAUCAUCUCGCAGAACUCUCGGCUGAGGAUCGGGUUCUUCGCCCAGCACCACGUCGACGCGCUCGACUUGACGAUGAGCGCCGUCAGCUUCAUGGCGAAGACGUACCCCGGGCGCACGGACGAGGAGUACCGCCGGCAGCUCGGCGCCUUCGGCAUCACGGGCACGACCGGCCUGCAGAAGAUGGAGGUGCUGUCCGGUGGUCAGAAGAGUCGUGUGGCGUUCGCGUGCCUCGCGCUCACGCAGCCCCACAUCCUGGUCCUCGACGAACCGUCCAACCACCUCGAUAUCGAGGCCAUGGACGCGCUCUCCGAGGCGCUACAGGAGUUCCAGGGCGGCGUGCUGAUGGUGUCCCACGACGUCACGAUGCUGCAGACGGUGUGCACGAGCCUCUGGGUCUGCGAGAACGGCACGGUUUGGAAGUUUCCUGGGGAUGUGCAGGCGUAUAAGAAGAGGAUUGCGGCGCAGGCGGAUCAGGCGGGUGUUGUUAAAGCGCAUUAGGGGGGUUUGAAGUUGGGGUGUUUUGGUAGAUAUGUAGGAGAGAUGAAAAUGAGAUAUGAUGUUAUGUUUUGCAUGCACGAAGUCGGGAAUUAUCUAAAAUAUAAGUGGGAUAUGGCGCAUUCACAAGCAUUUCAUGUGGAUGUCACUACAAGGACUUCGUCUUACAUUUCGAUUCAGUGUCACUAUCACAAGACCUUCGGUGCUAUAUCUUAUGAAAACGGGUAUCUAGGUGCGGUUUACUGCAUCAUUUCCUCCAUGGCCUUUUCUAACGCUAAAAAUUAACAGAAUACAGGUAGAUUAGAUAAGGC